CAUCCAAGAUGGCGACGGUAAAUGCUGGACAUAUGAUGAGCUUAGCAGCUCUACAGAGACAAGACCCGUACAUACACAAACUGCUCGACGUUACUGGCCAGGUGGCUCUAUACAACUUCAACUCCAAAGCGAACGAAUGGGAGAAGACCGAAAUUGAGGGCACUCUGUUUGUCUAUGCCAGGUCUGCCUCCCCUCACCAUGGCUUCACCAUCAUGAACCGACUGAGCACAGAGAACCUGGUGGAGCCGAUCAACAAAGACCUGGAGUUUCAGCUGCAGGAUCCCUUCCUGCUCUACAGGAACGGCAACUUGGGUAUCUACAGUAUUUGGUUCUAUGACAAGAGGGACUGUCAACGUAUUGCUCAGCUGAUGGUCAAGAUUGUAAAACAAGAAGCAGACCAUGCCCAGAGAGAGUCACCAGAGAGGGGAGAGCCCGGGAGGACCAAUGGCGUUGCAGAUCCACGGCCCAUUGACAUCCUGGAACUACUCAGCAAAGCCAAGGAAGAAUACCAGAGACAGAGCUCUCACACAAUGGUGAAGCAGAUCACAGUUGAGGAGCUCUUUGGCUCGUCCCUCCCUAAGGACCCCUCUCUACCUGCCAUGCCCACACAGAACACCAACACGGCUCCCAGUGAUCCUUCCACUGCCUACAUCCAGAACCAGUCUUUUCCCACUCCAGCCCAUCAAAACCCUGGGUCCAACCAGCGGCACCAAGCCCCACCUAGUCUGCUCCCAGCUCCUUAUGCACUACAUCCCAGCCCUGUUUUCCAGUCAGUAGUCCCCAGAUCAGACCCCCAGCCUCGGUGCUCAGUUUCACCUCUCAUGGUGCCUCCAGCUCUCUCAGAGCCUCGUGCUGCUCCCCCUGGUCCUGCAGCACCACCAGCAGUUUCUGCCGCGUAUUUGGGACAGGAAAUACUCAGCUCGCUCAAGCCAGCAGUGCAAUCUGUGAAUUCAGACAUCCACAAACCCAUCCUUGCACCCAACUUCCUGCCAAGCACCCUGGUCCCACCCCACAGCUUCCAGGAACCCAUGGGGAAACCCCUUCUCCAGCACAGCAAAGAGAUGGAUGUUUUCUCUCAGCCUCCAAACCUGAUUAAAGCAGUGUCUGCUGUCCCCAUGAGUCCAGGUCGUGCUGUUCCAGGACCCGAGAUUUCGGUGCUUCUCUCCCCCAGCGCCUUCCAGCAGUCCAUCAAUAAGACGACAACAGCAGCAGCAUCAGUGGUCCUUCCUGCUCCCUCUGAGCCCUCCUCUACCUCUGUAGCAGCUGCAGAGCCUCCACCACCCCCCUGCAGCAAAGCACAGCUACAGGAGACUCUGAUACACCUCAUUAAGAACGACCCAGACUUCCUCAGUGCCAUUCAUGAUGCUUACCUGCAGACUCUGUCCAAGGACUUCAGCAACAUGAAGCUAUAGUCCCGCUUCAACCGUCACCACCCCACUCUUUUAGUGCUACGACCCCUUUAUGACCAGUGUGAAGACCAGAAGUUAAUGGGAGUUAAG